GAUGCCAGCCAGGGGAGCGGUUCUGCUGGUUCUGGUCGGUCUGCUGGCUGCUGCUUUCAUCGUCAUCUACAGACUCUCUUUUCUACUAAACAAUCAGACUCUCCAAACCCUGAAAGAGGAGAAUGAAGCUCUGAGGAGAAAUCUGUCAGAGUUUAAAGAUAUGAAACCUGGGAGUUCAACUUUUACAACAGCAUCUCCAGGAUGUCCAAAACCUCCAUCAUGUCCAUCAUGUCCAUCACGUCCAUCAUGUCCAACAUGUCCUCCACCUCCUAAAGCAAAAAGUCUGACAUGUCUGAAGUGUGAAACAGGAUGGGAGCCACAUGGAGGAAACUGUUAUUAUUUCUCCAGCACUAAAUCCUCCUGGACUGACAGCAGACGCUUCUGCAUUAAUCGGGGAUCAGACCUGGUGAAGAUCGACAGCAGAGAGGAGCAGAUGUUCCUGGAGGUCAGACUGAGAGGCUUGAUGGAGGACGAUGAGGACAAGUUCUGGAUCGGACUGACGGACUCAAAGACAGAAGGAAAAUGGCUCUGGAUGGACGGAUCUCCUCUGGAUAAAAGUUUGAGCUUUUGGAGUCUGAAGGAGCCUGAUAACUGGAGAAAUGAAGACUGUGUGAGGAUGGGAGAGAGAGGAGGAACUCAUGAUCUGAGAUGUUGGUUUGAUAAAGACUGUAAUGUUGCUCAUAAAAGUAUCUGUGAGAAACCAGCAGCAGCUCAUCACUGUGUCUGAAGUUCAGCUCAGUCUAUAAAACAAGCUGCAGAGAUUCUGGUUCUUUAAACAUUUAAACUUUUC